UGCAACUGCAGCGCAGGCGUAGUACGGGGUUGUGGGGCGGCGGCAGUAGCGUCUGGAGCGUUACCUCAGGCACUGGGGCUCUGUACGCCGCGCGUUGGCAAGACGGCACCUUCUUCUGGUGCUCGGCGUGAGCUAUGGCUGAGGCGAUGGAUUUGGGCAAAGACCCCAAUGGGCCAACCCAUUCCUCGACUCUAUUCGUGAGGGAGGAUGGCAGCUCCAUGUCCUUCUACGUGCGUCCCAGCCCGGCGAAGCGCCGGCUCUCGACGCUCAUCCUGCACGGCGGCGGCACCUUGUGUCGCGUGCAGGAGCCCGGGGCCGUGCUGCUGGCUCAGCCUGGGGAGGCGGCGGCCGAGGCCUCGGGCGACUUCAUUUCCACGCAGUACAUCUUGGACUGCGUGGAGCGCAACGAGAGGCUCGAGCUGGAGGCCUACCGGUUGGGCCCGGCUCUAGGGGCCGACCAGGCCCCAGAGACGAAGCCCGGGGCUCAGGCUGGGGGCGCCGCCGCCACGGAGCCCGAGCUGCAGCCGCACGCGGGGCGGAUCGUCUUCACGGACGCGGACGACGUGGCCAUCUUGACGUACGUGAAGGAACAUGCCCGAUCGCCCAGCUCCGUCACCGGCAACGCCUUGUGGAAAGCGAUGGAGAAGAGCUCGCUCACCCAGCACUCGUGGCAGUCCAUGAAGGACCGCUACCUCAAGCGCCUGCGGGGCCAGGAGCAUAAGUACCUGUUGGGGGAGGCCCCAGUGAGCCCCUCCUCCCAGAAACUCAAGCGGAAAACUGAGCAAGACCCCGAGGAUGCUGAUAGCGGGGAACCACAGAAUAAGAGAACUCCAGACUUGCCUGAAGAAGAAUUUGAAAAGGAAGAGAUCAAGGAGAAUGAAGAAGCAGUCAAAAAGAUGCUUGUAGAAGCCACCCGGGAGUUUGAAGAGAUUGUGGUGGAUGAGAGCCCUGAUUUUGAAAUACAUAUAACAAUGUGUGAUGAUGAUCCACCCACACCUGAGGAAGACUCAGAAACACAGCCUGAUGAGGAAGAAGAAGAAGAAAAAGUUUCCGCACCAGAGGUGGGAGCUGCCAUUAAGAUCAUCCGGCAGUUAAUGGAAAAGUUUAACUUGGAUCUGUCAACAGUUACACAGGCCUUCCUAAAAAACAGUGGUGAGCUGGAGGCUACUUCCUCCUUUUUAGAGUCUGGUCAGAGGGCUGAUGGGUAUCCCAUUUGGUCCCGACAGGAUGACUUAGAUUUGCAAAAAGAUGAUGAGGGUACCCGAGAUGCACUGGUCAAAAAAUUUGGUGCUCAGAAUGUAGCUCGGAGGAUUGAAUUCCGAAAGAAAUAAUUGGCAAGAUAAUGAAAAAAAAAGGUUUGGCACAUAAGGCAUUAAAAAUUUUUUUUGUGACUAUUGAACUUCAGAGAUUUUUACAUUGGAACUGACACUCAUCUUUUGACCAAUGCUAUUGUUGCUCUGUGAGUCCUAGAUUUUGUAGCCAAGCAAAGUUGGAGGAUGAAAAUAAAAGAAAUUGGAUAUAUUUAGAGCUGUUCCUGGCAGUAUCAAUGUGUUUGUACAAGGAAAAUCAAAAACAGAGAGGUUGGUUUACAUAGUAAUAACCGCUUUCUGGAAUGGAAUCCCUGCUGUAUUGGUGAGAGGAGCUAGUGACAAAGUCAAAGGCGGAAAGUUAGAUGGGUUGUUUCAGAAAGCAUAAAUAAAGAGCCUCCUAUCCUUUGGCAGAAGCUUCUCUAGAUUAUGAUAGAUUCCAAAUCAAGAAUCUAGGAAUGUGGAAAGAUUUAAUUACAAGGCCUUUGAACAUGGACUGUCCCAAACCCUUGCAUCCCCCAGUGAACUCUGAUUUCUGGGCUGCUUUGAAAACCCCAUAUUCCUUUUGCCAACUUAUAUUUGGGGAGCCUGUUCGUUGGCUGUUCUUUUCUUCAAGUCUGUGUCAGUUAAGUCUCUACCAUGUGUUUCUUUAUCUACCAUCCAGUUUUGUUUAAAACACAAAAAUUUAGAGAGUCUUGGGAAAAGUCUUACUUGGUUACUAGGAAUGUGUUUUUAUUUAUUGAGAAUAGUUUUGUGCUAAGAAUAGUGUUAGAUUUAAAAAUUAGAGGAUUAAUUCCUCUUUGUUGUGUUGAUUUCAUUAUUGAAAAUAAAUAGAACUUUGUAUUUGAGUCUC